AUGUGUGCGCCAGGUGGGGCCUCGUCGAGCGGCGCCAGCUCGGAGAGCGAGGGCGAGGGCGCGGGCUCCGCGCGCGGCGCCGCCAGCCAGCUGACGCUGCGGCCCGCGUCGCCGCGCCGCGGCUGCUGCCGGUGCGCGGGCGGCGCGCAAGGCGCGGAGGGCGCGGCGUGCUGGUGCGGCGCGGGCGAGGCGCUGGGCGCGCGCGUGCGCUGCGUGUGCGGCGCCGGCGCGCGCUCCACGCCCGACCCGCCCGACGGCCUGCCGCCCGCCGCAGACCCGCUGCAGGAGCGCCUGCACCAGAUCAUACUCUACCAGAAGAUCAUACUCUACCAGAAGGUACGCACCGCUCCGCCCCCCCCCCCCCCCUCUCCGCCCUCCACCCCUGUAACGCCUCUUAGUUCAGUAGCGCCUGCACCAGAUCAUACUCUACCAGAAGGUACGCACCGCUCCCUCUCCGCCUCUCCGCCCUCCACCCCUGUAACGCCUCUUAGUUCAGUAGCGCCUGCACCAGAUCAUACUCUACCAGAAGGUACGCACCGCUCCCUCUCCGCCCCCCCCUCUCCGCCCUCCACCCCUGUAACGCCUCUUAGUUCAGUAGCGCCUGCACCAGAUCAUACUCUACCAGAAGAUCAUACUCUACCAGAAGGUACGCACCGCUCCGCUACGCCUCUUAGUUCAGUAGCGCCUGCACCAGAUCAUACUCUACCAGAAGGUACGCACCGCUCCCCCCCCCCCCCCUCUCCGCCCUCCACCCCUGUAACGCCUCUUAGUUCAGUAGCGCCUGCACCAGAUCAUACUCUACCAGAAGGUACGCACCGCUCCGAACGCCUCUUAAUCAUACUCUACCAGAAGGUACGCACCGCUCCGCCCCCCCCCUCUCCGCCCUCCACCCCUGUAACGCCUCUUAGUUCAGUAGCGCCUGCACCAGAUCAUACUCUACCAGAAGGUACGCACCGCUCCGCUCCGCCCCCCCUCUCCGCCCCCACCCCUGUAACGCCUCCGCCCUCCACCCCUGUAACCCCGGUAACGCCUCUUAGUUCAGUAGCGCCUGCACCAGAUCAUACUCUACCAGAAGGUACGCACCGCUCCGCCCCCCCCCCCCCCUCUCCGCCCUCCACCCCUGUAACGCCUCUUAGUUCAGUAGCGCCUGCACCAGAUCAUACUCUACCAGAAGAUCAUACUCUACCAGAAGGUACGCACCGCUCCGCCCCCCCCCCCCCCUCUCCGCCCUCCACCCCUGUAACGCCUCUUAGUUCAGUAGCGCCUGCACCAGAUCAUACUCUACUAGAAGGUACGCACCGCUCCGCCCCCUCUCCGCCCUCCACCCCUGUAACGCCUCUUAGUUCAGUAGCGCCUGCACCAGAUCAUACUCUACCAGAAGGUACGCACCGCUCCGCCCCCUCUCCGCCCUCCACCCCUGUAACGCCUCUUAGUUCAGUAGCGCCUGCACCAGAUCAUACUCUACCAGAAGGUACGCACUCCUCCACCCCCUCUCCGUCCUCCACCCCUGUAACGCUCCAUAGUGCGGUAGCGCCUGCGUCAUAUCAUACUCUACCAAAAAGUACGCACUCCUCCAUCCCCCUCUCCGCCCUCCGUCCCUCUAACGCCCCA